UUCACCCUGGCACAAAACCAGGACAUGAGGGCCAAGCUCAUCACCCACCUGGACAAGAUUGCUGAUACCUCAGSUGGCAAUCGUCACUGGCAGAGAGCAGAGGCUUCUGGGCGGAAGACGGACUCUCUGGAGGUGGAAAUGACAUCCUACGUGCUGCUGGCGCUGCUCUCAGGCCCCUCCAUGCCAGGCUUUGGGCUGGACUACUCCACCGCCAUCGUCCRCUGGCUGGCCCAGCAGCAGAACCCCUACGGAGGYUUUGCUUCCACACAGGUACUUUAUUGGUCUGGUAGACAUUCAUUCACUCUAGCAMCUCAUCUGCCUGUCGAUCCUACUGUUAGUACAUGGUUCAACAUUGAUCACACCAAAUACUUAUUUUUAUAUGAAAUGUAGCAUAUUGGACAUUUU